UUUACAUAUUUUAUUUCUCUCAUAUGUUCUCCCCAUAGAAAAGCCUACGCUAAGCGUUUGGGCUUUGCCCAUUUCAUGCCAAAAGUUUGGUCUAAAUAUGAACACAGAAAUAAAACCCUUUCCAAUGGAUAGGGAAGGGAGAGAAAAGCGCAACAAAAAUAAACACAUAAACCUUAAAACCCUCUUUAGAGGUUCCCUUCUGAUCGUACAAUAAACCCAAAACUGUUCCACCUUGUGGUAAAAGUAUGGCGGUUUCAUCUUGGAUUAUAGCAACAAGGUUUCCAUUGAUGGGUCAUUUACAAUUCUCUCCUGUUGUUUCAACUCCACUUCCAACUUUAAGCUUCCAGGCCAGAGACAAAAGUGUCAAGUUGGGCAGUUCAGGUGGAAGCUUUCCAAGGCUUUGUGUGGGUAAUUCGAGUUCUUCGACAGCUUCUUUAAAUACCCAUCAAGGAAUCUGGGAAGAUCCAGAUGAUGGAAGUGGAAGUGAAUAUGAAGAAGAAGAAGAAGAGGAGGAGGAGGAAAUGGAAGAGAAUGACGAGUCUGGUUUUCAAGAGGGAAAUGAUGUUGGGAUUAUUGACAAGUAUGCAAGGAACCAGUAUGAGGAAGACCUUGUCAAAGAGGUUGAGCAGCUUUUGGGACCAGAAGAAAAAGCAAUUCUGCAACAGAAUGCCUCUCCUAACCUGAGAAAAAUCUCAACUGCCAAAUGGAAGCCACUUCAAACUCUUGCACUAUCAUUGCAGAUACCUUUUAUGGACAAGCUACUUGAAGAUGGACUAAAUAUAGAUGAGGUGGAUAAGGAUGGUCACACUGCUCUUCAUAAGGCAAUUAUGGGUAAAAAGGAGGCUGUAAUCAGUCAUCUUUUAAGAAAAGGUGCAAGUCCGCAUGUCAAAGAUAAGGAUGGUGCUACCCCACUUCAUUAUGCAGUUCAUGUUGGUGCUAUGCAAACUGUGAAAUUAUUGCUCAAGUACAAUGCUGACGUCAAUGUUGAUGAUAGAGAUGGAUGGACCCCAUUGCACAUUGCUGUGCAAAGUAGAAAUAGAGAUAUAGCAAAAGUUUUGUUGAUCAAUGGUGCAGAUAAGACCAGAAAAAACAAGGAUGGGAAAACUGCCUUGGAUUUAAGCUUGUGUUAUGGGAGGGACUUCAAGUCUUAUGACCUUGCCAAGUUACUGAAGAUACUGCCAGCUGACAGGUAUCUUUGAUUGGCAGCUGGCAUGCCUGGAAUUUGAGAUGGAAUUUACAGUCGGAAAGGAUUGUUUUACUGCAUGGUUCUUUAAUCUUCUAAGCAGUCCUACAUUUUCAGACUGAGCAUAUACCGGACACAAAACUUAAGAGUUGUCUAAUUCAUCUUAAGAAUCCUCUCAUCAUCCAAAAUCCUGGAAUGUUUAGUUCAUGAUCCUACGUCAUAUAUAACUGUCUGGAACAUAGGAAUACAUAUGAUGCAUUCAAAAAACGCACUGAUGCGAUGACAUGGUCUGCAUGGAGUAGGAACCAUAAGACAAUCAACAUUCAUCCCAAGGGUGUAAGCCUGCUGUAAUGUUGCUGUAACUGAUGGUCAAAGUGGAAGGAAGACUAUCGCCAUAUGACAAUCCAAUUACUUACAGUUGGAAGUAGAAUGUCUGUUUGUCAUUUCAGUUUAGCUGGAGGUGUUGUAGUAGAAUCGGCAUUAAGUGAUAUCAGAUGAUUCACUUGCUUAAACUUUCCCUUUCAAUUGUUCCAUUCUGUUCAUUAUGAUUUAUGAAUGUUACUUUCCCUGGAUGUAAAUGCAAAGCACUGUAUUUGUUGAAAAUUCCACUCUUCUUUACAUUAUUGUAGUUGAGAAAAUUAGAAGUGUGUUUUAA